AGUCCCAAUUAAAGUUAAGUAGCGCUGUUUGAUAAUUAAAACAGAAUUUGAUUACAAAUCUGAUAUUUUAAAAAACGGUUUAUAUAAAUGUAAAAAAAUAAACAGUUCUAAAAAAACAAAAAUGCUAACAUUAUUAUAAACCCACAUUACUAGACAUAAGCAUGGAUGAUUUUUACGGUUUGUUUCUCCUCAGUUUAUUUGUUCGUUUUAUUUUAAAGCAAGGCUAAUUCAAAAUCACUUUAUUUAUUUAUUUACAUAAGAGUGUGCGACUACUUGAGCGAUUACACGGUACUCGCCUGCAACUCGAAAACAUUACAGCGGAGCAUUAAUAGUGGAACACACAGCGGAAGUGGGAGAGGAAGCGCCAAAAUCAAAUAAUAACGUUUGGAUUUGGAGGACUGUAACGUUCAGACAGAACUAAAUCAUAACAAUGGAGGAAAAUCUUACCUUUCCUGUUUAUAAAGUGGAAGAAAUUUUGGCCUUUCUUCGGAGUGAUGUCUUAGCUGGGCCAGAGGCAAGGAACUUUACCAAAAGUGAUAUUGUCCCAACCCCAAAGCCUGAUUCUAUACAGAGACUGUACAUGAGAAUCCUACAGCUUGUGUUUGGAUUCAGGCCAGAUUGCCACUACAUGAUGCCAGUAAAUGAGAAUAUCCAGCACCCCUUAAUUUACGAAGGCAUUUUACCCAUCGCCAGCAUCUACCUUCGCAUGUGUCAGUUCCUGCCAAUGUGCCAUGUGUAUGACUUUCAGAUGAAUGAUCUUCUCAAUCCAAAAGCAAAAAGGACCAUCUUUAUUUUGUGUGGCAUCAUGAAUUUCCUUCACUUCAGAAACUUACGUCGUGAAAUAUACUUGGACCACCUACAGGGUUAUAAAUCUGCUGUAGAGAAGUCACAGAGCAUAGCAAAAGGAAUAAACGAGGCUGAACUGAAGAUUACUAAACUCACAACCAUUCCACCACAACAGCAAGCAGAGUUCAAAGAGUUGUCAGCAGCAGUUACAGACCUACAUCAUGCAAUGAGCCAAGAAUCUCAGGCAGUCAACUCAAUCAAUGAAGAGAUUGCACAGCUGAAAAGUGAACAUGCAGAGAAAACCUUAAAACUGAACAAUAAAAAAGUGGAUUUGGCUACUUUGAAGGAAGAUCAGGCUAGACUAAAAUCUCUGAUUGUGGAAUCCCCAGAGGAGCUCAGGAAUGAAAAGGAAAAGAUGAAGGAGACUGUGAAGAAGAUCAAGCAGACUAUUGAAAAGACCAAUGUGAAUUUAGUGGAACUUCAAAACAAAAUCCAGGGUUCAAUUAAGUGCCAAGAAGAAUUCCAGUCUUUCUACAAACUACAGCUGGAUUUACAAGGUGGAAUGGAGAAAAUGAACAGCUUAAUAGCUGAGAUUCGGAAUAUAAGUGAUGUAGUUGAGAGACAGAGGAAGGAUCUGAAGAAUAUGAGCACCGACGAGACUCAGUACAAACGAGCCGUGGGCAUGAAGAUGGACAAAAAGACCAAGCUGCAGAUCAGAAGGCAGAAGAAGCAAGAAGUGAAGGAUCAACAAGUUCAAAUAAUGUUUGGUGAGUGUAACCAGGUUCAGGAUAAAAGGGAGGAUGUCCUGAAGCAAAUCAAACAGGUCAUUGAUGAAAAUCAGCAGGUCAAGGCAAAGCUGCAGUUUUUAACAGAGUGCUGCUCAAAUGAGACUGCAAAAGCUCAGGCGCUCUAUGACAGUCUGAUGGGUGUCCUGGAGCAAUACCACGAGCGUCUGGCAAGGCAUGCAGAGAAGAGCAUAGAAAGGAAGAUGUGGUACCGGUUAGGUUUGCGGUUUGCUGAGGUUAUUAUUAAUGUACUUGUAUGUUAUGGAGGAACAUCUAUUGCUAAUGAUAUUACUGUCAAACUUGUUAUAAAAACUUAUUCUAGUGAAAUGGAAAUAAAUACUUUUCCUGAGUUUAAAGUUGAUGAAAUUCUAGCUUUCCUGCAGAAUGACGUAUUGGAUGGGCCAGACGCAAGGAACAUUCUCAAAAGUGAUAUUGUUCCAAACCCUAAGCCAGAUUUAAUUCGGAGACUGUACAUGAGAAUACUGCAAAUUGUGUUUGGUUUCAGGCCAGAUAGCAACCACAUGGUGCCGGUAAAUGAACACAUACAGUACCCAGUGCUUUUGGAAGGCUUUCUACCUAUUUGCAACAUCUACCUUCGCAUGUGUCAGUUUCUGCCACUUUGCUUGGUUCAUGACUUUCAGAUGAGUGACCUUCUCAAUCCAAAAGCAAAGAGGACCAUCUUUAUUUUGAGUGGCAUCAUAAAUUUCCUGAAAUUUAGAAACUUUCGCCGGGAAAUUUACUUGGAGCACUUGCAGAGUUAUAAAUCUGCUGGGGAAGAGUCGCAGUAUAUUGUGAAAGGAAUAAAGGAAGCAGAAUUGAAGAUUGUCAGACUCACGACCAUUCCACCAGAGCAGCAAGCAGAGUUCAAUAAGUUGUCUUCAGAAAUUUUAGAUCUUCAGAAUGCAAUGAGUGAAGAAUCUCAGAGGGUGAGUGCUGUCAAUGAACAGAUUGCACAGCGGAAAUGUGAACAUUCAGAGGUGACCCAAAUGUUGAGCAAGAAAAAAGUAGAUUUGGCUACUUUGAAGGAAGAUCAUAUUAAACUGGAAUCUCUGAUUGUGGAAUCCCCGGAAGAGCUCAGGAAUGAGAAGGAAAAGCUGAAGGAGACUGUGAAGAAGAUCAAGCAGUCUAUUGAUAAUAAAAAUGUGGUAUUGGUGGAACUUCAAAACAAAAACCAGACUUCAAGCCUGUGUCAUGGAACAUUUGAGUCUUUUUACAAACUUUUGGAAGAUUUACAAGGUUUAGUGGAGAAAAUGAACAUCUUGCAAUCCGAGAUCCAUGAUCUGACUGAUGGCAUUGAGAGACAGAGGAAGGAUCUGAAGAAUAUGAGCACCGACGAGACUCAGUACAAACGAGCCAUGGGCAUGAAGAUGGACAAAAAGACCAAGCUGCAGAUCAGAAGGCAGAAGAAGCAAGAAGUGAAGGAUCAACAAGUUCAAAUAGUCUUCAGUGAGUGUAACCAGGUUCAGGAGAAAAGAGAGGAUAUCCUGAAGCACAUGAAACAGAUUGAUUGUGAAACUCAGCAAAUUAGGGCAACAAUACAACUUUUAACUGAGACCUGCACCCAUGAGACAGAAAAAGCCCAAGCGAUGCAUGACAGACUGAUGGCUGUGGUGGAUCAAUACCAUGAGCGUCUGGCAAGGCUUGCAGAAAAUGGCACAGGAAUUGAAUGAGCCUUUUUGAGUAUGUAAAAAAAAAGUAAUGUGAAGUGUAUAUGUUUUCCUCUAUUUACAAAUAAAGAAUGUUACCAGCA